CGGAGUGAGAUGGGAACAAGAAGAUUGGAAUUGUUUCUCCUGCUUCUCUUCUUCCUUCCAACUUCAAAUCCUUUGCAAAAUCCUCUGGUUUCAGCCUUCAAUGAAGAAAAAAAUGUUAGAAACAGAGGAGCGGAGAAGAAUGAUUCCAUUGAAAUAGAAUUUGGACAAGAAAUGACAGUUAUUAGACGUAGUAGCGGUGGCGGCCACAUGGGGGGUGGUCGCGGUGGAGGUAUGAACCAUCACAACAGCAACAAUAAUGGUUAUAAACGUGGUGCUAACGGUUGCACCAUCAAUCAUAUUGGCCUGUCUCACUUGGCUUAUCUACUCUUAUCCCCACUUUUUCUUAUAUAUAUUUCACUUGGCUUCUAGGUAUUUGCAAUGCUAAAAUAUUUAUUCAAUUUCUACGAGUUUGGAAUACGCAUAUUUUGUAUGUUUAGCUUCAUUCAAAUGAAGCAUUUAAAGUUGGGAUAUUGAUUUUAUAUAAAAUGUAAAUUAAUGUAUAUAAUCAUCACAAAUUGGCACGAAUGUUCUAUUUGA